UGAUCACCGCUGAGCAGCAGAGGAACAUUUUCAGCCACUUGGACUCAGCUCAGUCACGAUGGAUUCAACACAAAAGGACCAACAUGGAGAGAGAAGUCAGUGCUCUCAAGAGGCCGACAAACUUCACAGAAAUAAGGCGGAGGAAACAUACAGUUGUGACGAGUGUGGGAAGGAGUUUAUUGGGCAGUCUAACCUGAAAUGUCAUCAACUCAUCCACACUGAAGAAAGACAAUUUAGCUGUGACUUGUGUGGAAAAUCUUUUACUAAGCCUGAACACUUAAAAACACACCAACUCAUACACUGCAAAGUUAAAGCGCUCAGCUGCGAUCAGUGCGGCAGAGUUUUCACUCAGUGUAGCAGCUCAACGAUGUAUCAAGUUACCCACCCUGGAAUUAAGGUGGAGGACUGUGACAUGUGUGGAAAAACUUUCAGCCAGUUAGGAUACCAAAAUAUGCAACUACCCACUCACACUCUACAUGGUGAUUACUACUGUGAUCAAUGCGGCAAAAAGUGCGCAACAGACACAGAAUUGCACCACCACCUGUUUACACACACUAUGGAGAGACCUUAUAAAUGUGACCUGUGUAAUAAGGCUUUUACAACUCUACGGUUCCUGAAAAAACACCAACAGAUCCACACCAGAAAGAAACUCUACAAGUGCAGUUACUGUGAGGACCAACAUGGAGCGAGAAGUCAGCGCUCUCAGGAGGCCGACAAACCUCACAGAAGAAAGGGAGAGAAGAAAUACAGCUGUGAUGAGUGUGGGAAGAAUUUUACUCUGAAGUCUGAGCUAAAACAUCAUCUGUUCAUCCACACUGGGGAGAAACCAUUCAUCUGUGACUUGUGUGGAAAGUCUUUUAGACAGCCUGCAAACUUAAAAAAACACCAAGUCACCCACACUGGAGUUAAAGCGUACAGCUGUGAUCAGUGUGGCAAAGCUUUUACUGUCAGAGGCAACUUACGGCGUCAUCAAGUUACCCACUCUGAAACUAAGGCGCACAGCUGCGACAUUUGUGGGAAAACUUUCACUCAUCUAACAUACCGAAAUACUCACCUACGCAUCCACACCAGGCAAGAUGUUUACUGCUGCGAUCAGUGUUUGAAACCGUUUGUGACAUACUAUGAAUUACAGCAGCACAUGCUUACCCACACUGAGGAGAGACCUUAUAAAUGUGACCUGUGUGAGAAGGCUUUUAAAGAGCCAAAUUCCCUGAGAAGACACGAACAGAUCCACAGCAGAAAGAAACUCUACAAGUGCAGUUACUGUGAGAAGCAGAGCGACACAGAUGGAUCCAGUUCUCAACCGUGUCGCCACUGUGGUGGUGGGAAAGCGUUGCGUUGUGACCUUUGUGGAAAAACUUUCAAUAAUGAAAAGAACCUAAAGCUACAUCAACGUAGACACACUGGAGACAAAAUGAACUACUGCAAAGAAUGUGGGAGAGGCUUCCCCACACCAAGUGCAUUAAAAGAACAUGAAAUCUAUCACAGUGGGGUUAAAAAGCACGUGUGUGACCAGUGUGGGUCAUCCUUCACCACUGCAGAUCAUCUUAAAGUGCAUAAACGAGUCCACACAGGAGAGAAACCAUACAAGUGCAGACACUGUGACAAAAGUUUCUCGUACUCAGGGAGUCGUAACAAUCAUGAACUUACACACAUUGAAGGAAACUACAGCUGUGACCAGUGUGACAAAAGCUUCAAGAAUCUCAGUUCAUACUCCAAACACAAGCGAUCCCACGCUGUUAACAAACUUUUUCACUGUUACCAAUGUGCACAAACAUUCACUUCAUUAUCUGCUCUACGCAACCAUCGACGUGAUCAUGCAGGACUGUGAUCACUGGAUCACAAUGAAUCUGCAGAGGCAGAAAGAUCCUCUCCUGGUUUCAGGGUCAGACUUAAAAACCUUGAGAUCAGGCUCCACAGAGUUCAGGUGGAGUCUCCUGUAAAGAGUGCCACCUGAUGUCACACUUGGAUCUGAUGAGGUAGCUCUGCUUUCUGGAGCUGCAGUGAAUAAUCCUGGGGUUUAUUUAGGAAGCUGCAAGUAUAGAUGUGUACAUCAAGUUUUUUUCCCUUUGAGGGAUUUUAAUAUUCUAAAAUGUUAUCCCUGUUACAUUUUAAUCUUUGUUCUCUUAGGAUAUAAAGGUUAUAGGAAUACAUUUUAUUUUAUAUUACCAAACUGGUAUGUUUCUAAACUGCAGAUGUGCAUAGAAACAUUAUUUUUUUACAUUUCAUUUUAACUCCGUUUUUUUUUUUUUUUUGCUUUUUCCCCCAAAUCUACUGUUUCACUGUUACCAAUGUGUAAUUAUGUUCAUUAUCUGCUCUGUGCAAACAUCAUCAUGACAAUGGCUGAAAUCAUUCCUAUCAUUGGAUCAUAAUGAACCCUUCAACUGACAGGGAGCUUGUUCCAUCCUUGCAGGAGUCCACUCUGCAGGUGGGGGAGAGGUGAGAAUAAACUUAACCUGGGUG